AUGGAUUUUCUCGAGACAGUGGACACUACCGUCGCCCAGUUCAAUCACUUCUCAGGAGAAGAAUCACCUCUUGUUGUUCGCCAUUUGCUCGGCGAGGGAUAUUCCGCAGGAAUUAAGACCCUCGAGGUCAGGUCAAGGGAGCAAGAGAAAGAGGAGGCAAAUGACAAAUGCCCUCCUGUGGCUCAGGAGAUCGACCAAUCCACGCUGCAGUGCGAGGCAUCUGCCACAGUCUCGACAGCCAAACAGCCAAGCCUCUUCAAGAACCAAACUCCCGUACAGCUGGAGAUACCCAAGACCCCAGUCUUCCGUCAAUCAGCGGCCCCGACGCCGGGUCAGGAAUACUUUGCGGACACGCCCCCCAGUCGUACUCCUCGAACCCCUCCGAUGCUGCGAUCGAGUGCGCCAUCUUUAAGUGACUACUCAGAGACGGUCAGGAGCCAAUCUUAUGCUCAACAAGACAACCAUGUUCAACCGAACAAGUCUAAAGGUCCGGGAUUGAGCAGCAACGAGAAGUCUCCAGCGCAAGUGCCCCUACUCCGCACACCUCUGGUACCUCGUUCGAACGCCCUUAGCUGGAGUGAGCCCUCACAAUCGGCAAGAAGUCAAUUGUACAAUCAAGAAAUCACCACCAUACGCUCGGGCAACUCCUCCGAUUCGAGAGACUUCAAUGUGAGCUCGUUCAACCUUUCGCCUGAGGUCAAACAGUUUCAGAGCACUGCUUCAGAUGGUCCAGAUGAGCUGCACCUUGUCAACAUGCGAGGCCUUUCCUGGUCGCCAAUGACAUCACCUCCAGCAUCUCCGCUGGCACCAAUCAUCGACAUGAUUGAUGAGGACGUCGUUUCUACUCAGAUCCCUUCUAUUCAGCCUGCUUCAUCAGUGGCAUGUCAGACACCUAACGAAAUUUCCGAGACGACCGUAAAGCAUCGAGGUCUUAACAAUUGUCCACCUCGCACUCCUCCUCCUCGGGUAUCCGGCAAAACAAAUCCCCGGACUUCCCACCGCCGGACCAAGGGACAGAAUGGACGGGUUCGCAGCUAUCGACCUCGUCAACGAGAAGCUUCAACGCGCUGGUCGCCGGUUGCACCGUGGUCUCCCGGUCGGAAAUUGUCGUUCAAUUACGACGUGCAACAGAGGAUCGCUGCCGCCACUCGCGGCACACGCAUUAACAAUGGACUCCUCAACGCCACCGUUGACUAUCUCGAUAUCUAA